CUACAAUGGUCUGAGUUGAUAAAAGAUAUUGUCAGAGUUUUGAAAUAUGAUGGUUGGGUCGAAUCUUUAGAAGCAACUGCUCAAUUUAUAAACCAUGGAAAGGUUACAAAAUGGAUAGAAGAAGCUGGUUAG